AUGGCGGACGACGAAGUCCUGCAGUUAACGCUUGUUCACGGUUAGAAAACUCUUUUAAACGAUGAAAUUGUUCAUAACAUUUCUAAUAGAGGUUAGAUUGUAGCUAAAUCUUAUGGUGGGGUCCUAGGUUCCAGGAAAUAUCCCGUUGAACUACUCAUAAAAGAAGAUGGUGGGCCGACUGUGGAAGACCUUGCAAAUUUUGCUGCACAGGCGGCAGAGGUUCCUCGCGGAUCUCAACGGCUCAUAUUUAAAGGUAGUUUGUUUUUGGUAAGAUUUACGUAUAACCCCAUACAUUUAUUAUGCAUACGUGGUUCGACUCUAUUCAUAUUAAUUAAAAUUCUUGGUUUGCAACCACGUGAUUCAGCGCUCAUGUUCUAUGGCAAAAUAUUGAUAAUAAUCCAAUUAUAUGUCUUUCCUAGGUAGGGGAACACAUAUCACUAGGGAUGUGUGUUUCUUAGGUAGAAGAACACAUAUUACUAGGGAUAUGUGUUUCCCAGGUGGGGGAACAGAUAUCACUAGGGAUAUAUGUUUCCCAGCUGGGGGAACAGAUAUCACUAGGGAUACAUGUUUCCCAUUUGGGGGAACCCAUAUCACUAGGGAUAUGCGUUUCACAUUUGGGGGAACACAUAUCACUACGGAUAUAUGUUUCCCAGGUGGGGGAACACAUAUCACUAGGGAUAUAUGUUCUGCAGGUGGGGGAACACAUAUCAGUAGGGAUAUAUGUUCUGCAGGUGGGGGAACACAUAUCACUAGGGAUAUGUGUUUCCCAGGUGGGAAAACACAUAUUGCUAGAAAUACAUUUUUUACUAAGGUGGGGGAACACAUAUCACUAGGGAUACCUGUUUUGCAGGUGGGGGAACACAUAUCACUAAGGAUAUAUGUUUCCCAGGUGAGGAAACACAUAUCACUAGGGAUAUAUGUUUCCCAGGUGGGGGAACACAUAUCACUAAGGAUAUAUGUUUCCCAGGUGGGGAAACACAUAUUACUAGGGAUAUGUGUUUCCCAGGCUGGUCAACACAUGUUACUAAGGAUACGUGUUUCCCAUGUGGGGGAACUCUUAUUACUAGGGAUAUGUGUUUCCCAGGUGGGGGAACACAUAUCACUAGGGAUAUAUGUUUCAUAUAUGUUCUCCAGGUGGGGGAACACAUAUCACUAGGGAUAUGUGUUUCACAGGUGGGGGAUCACAUAUUGCUAGAAAUACGUUUUUACCCAGGUGGGGAACACAUAUCACUAGGGAUAUAUGUUUCCCAGGUGGGGGAACACAUAUCACUAGGGAUAUGUGUUUCACAGGUGGGGGAUCACAUAUUGCUAGAAAUAUGUUUUUACCCAGGUGGGGGAACGCAUAUCACUAGGGAUACCUGUUUAACAGGUGGGGGAACACAUAUCACUAAGGAUAUAUGUUUCCCAGGUGGGGAAACACAUAUCAGAAGGGAUAUAUGUUUCCCAGGUGGGGAAACACAUAUCACUAUUGCUAUGUGUUUCUCAGGUGGGGGAACACAUAUCACUAGGGAUAUGUGUUUCCCAGGUGAGGGAACACAUAUCACUAAGGAUAUAUGUUUCCCAGGUGGGGAAACACGUAUUACUAGGGAUAUGUGUUUCCUAGGUGAAGGAACAGAUAUCACUAGGAGUAUGUGUUUCCAAGGUGGGGGAACAGAUAUCACUAGGGAUACGUGUUUCCCAUGUGGGGGGACUCAUAUCACUAGGGAUAUGUGCUUACUAGGGGGGGAACACAUAUCACUAGGGGUACCUGUUUUCCAGAUCGGGGAGCACAUAUCACUAGGGAUAUGUUUUUCACUAGGGAUAUGUGUUUCCCAGGUCGGGGAACACAUAUCACUAGGGAUAUGUGUUUCCCAGACGGGAACAUCUUAAGCCAGGGAAAAAAUAAGCACCACACAUGUAUCAGAACAGCAGCUGGCAAUCCAGCCUACACAUUUAUAUGUUGUGGUUCAAGUUGAUCCUUGGUUUAACUUUUGUUUUCUUUUGUUUCAAAUUCAUUAUCAUACGUUACCAUACCCAAAACCAAAAGAAAAUAAAAUUUAAACCAACGAUAAAAUUAAACCACAACCUAUGUACCUAAUUCUUUCAGCCAUGACAGAAAUUCAUCCCACGCAUUUGUAUAUACCUUGUCCUGUAAGCCAUUGCUUAGGAAGAAGAAGUUGGGAAACUAGGAGUAAAACAGAAUCGCUUGCCAUUUAUUUGCAUCUCGUUGAAUAAAAAAGUGCCUACUGUCUUUACUUUGUUCUUUAUAGCAUUGUGACUAGUUGUGUGGCAUUCUGAAGUUGCUCUGGGAACUGACCUAACACUUAAAGGGGCUGUGUCGCGACAGUGCAGUUCAUUUUGUUUGAUUUUGCCAAUUACUCGCCCUUAAUCACUAGGGAACUUAAAGUAAGCAAAGGAAUUACAAGUAAAUGACAAAAUCAAAGAUCAGAGACGAACAAGUAUGUCUCCUGAGCAUUAUUUUUGAAGUUGCAAGCGGCAGGGAUUAACUUUGAAAAACUGUUAGGCUGAACAGUUUUCAAAAACCCUAAUUUCAAUCUGUUUCAAUCUUCUUCAGUUUUGCCCAUCCGUGGCAUCUGUUGUUUCUCUUAUGAUAUAUUUAACCUUCCUUUAAAGCUUUAAGCGAUUAUUUUUAUGUUUCUCUUAAUUUAACGGGCAUUCUGUAAUUUCCUAAUUUGGCUGAAUUUUGUGACACAGCUCCUUUAAGUGGACUGAAUAAUGACGUUAGUGAGCCGUUUGUUGACCAUAAAUCAGCUCGACAAUGUCUUCCAGCCUUUUUGAAACUUUUUUGCUUAGUCCUUGCUAAGUCAUGCCUAUUUUAUGGUAGCAGUUGAAAAUGAACAUUAAGAAUAAGAGAAAGUGUCUUCUAUAUUUUUAGGGCAGUCUCUAACAGAGUUUGCAAAGCCACUUAUGACAUUUGGUAUAAAGAGGGGUAGUAAAGUUAUGCUGAUUGGAAAAAAGGUUAGUGAGGCACAAACACAAUUUUCUUGUAUUUUGCUCACAAAUGUAUUCUCAAUUUAAUGUUUAUUUAACACUCCUGCUUUUCAGUUUGAUCCAUUAGAGGAAGAGAAUAUGAAAAAAAUACUUGCUACAGAAAAAAUGGCAGACAAUAUUGAGAAAAGGCUGACUGAACACCAAGAAGAAGUCAGCGGCAUUGAAAAGGUAACAGUAAUUUUGCUAUCGACUUUACCUAAUAUGACAACGUAACAGAGAGAUUUUUAAACAAACGGAGUUGGAAAAACAACUUCAAACAACAUCAUAUGUACUAAGGAACUUGGUGGGAAGAAGUAUCCCCAGGGUGCAAAGAAAGUCAUUUUUAAAGCUUGCCAUUCGGGCAAGCUGAAGCUAGCAUAUACUAGCCCCCAAAACAUUUUGAUGAGCAGAACUGAUUUCACAGUUCUUCUGUAAUUUGAAUUCCUCCAAAACCUCUAAGUUAAGAACAAAAUCCACUAGCCCCGGGCUAUUGGACACUACUUUCUUUGCAUGUUUGUCUCAUUACAAGUGUAUUAUUCCCUGAACAGAACUUUUUUUGUACAAUUUUUACAGGGAUAUCUUCAGGCAGAAUUGAUACCUAAAGCUCUUGAGAAGCUGUCAAGGAAGCUCAAGGGAAUUAAUGAGGAAUUCAUGAAAACCCUUGAGAGCUUAGAUGCAUUAGUAAGUUGAAGACUGGAUUUCUGUUUACACCAAAGACUGCCUUUUAUUUCUAUUUAAGCAUGCACCCUAGCAAUUUCUAAUGUAGCUUUACACGAUCCUUUUAAUGUUUUGGUCUUUAAGAGCCCCGGCCUUCACCACGAAUUUCCAAUUCCCUCUGUUAGGGGAGUUUAAAGAUUUUCCCGGAACUACAAAUCAUGUUUUGUUUUUUUAAUAUCAUUCAGAUCAUAGAUGCCAGUUUACAACAAGCCAAGGGGAAAAAGAAAUCUUUGAUACAGAGAAUUCAGGUAAGGAAUAAAAUUAUAUGGCCCUUUCAUUCAUGCUUGGAGACCCAGAGGAGACACUGUGUGGUUGAAUUUGUAGUGCAUUUCUCAUGACCCAAAUGACUACCCCGGGGCCCCGGGGAUGUCCUUCAGUGUACAACUGCCCUACCCCAUCACCAAACUACUCUCACACCACCUCAAAACACAGGUGUCUUCUGGAUAUUUUACACGUGGUGUCAGAUCCUGAGGGAUUCAAAGAAUUAGUUUUGUUUUCCUGAGAGUUCUGAUGCUUCCCGAGACGAACAGUGUCUUUCCCGCCUUCUGUCACGCCACUUUCCACCAUGCUUUGAUCAUGUGCUGUAAUGUAUCCCGAGAGGGGUACAUUGCUUAAUGUAUCACAAUUGGGAUACAUUUGAUUUUAGUCAAGGCCAUGUGACCAAGAAUCAGCCAAUGUCUGUCCUUGUUUAGUUGAGUGAAAGUCUAGGAAAAUAACAAACUUUCUUCUCUGCUAUGUCACUGCGUUCUGCCGCAGAGAAAACGUUUAAGUUCUAAUCAGCAGAAAGGCAACAACACGUUGAAAUAGGAAGGACACGACCAGUUGUGUUUAUUGGGGACGAGAAAAAGCUAACGUACAAGAAAUAAAGUAGUGGCGGAGAAAAACGAAUUACAUCACUGUAAACUACGAGACUAAACGUAAACAGCAUACUAGAAAAAUUAAGCUCGGCAAGGUGCGAGCGGUAAAACUGGCUGUGUCGAGUGACUAACGCGAGAGGCGACAAGGCUUAAAUACCGAGAUGUGACAUAAAAUCCCUAGAGGAUCAAACUGCGGCCAUAAAUGCAAAUUCCGAACAUAAACACAUUUACACUUUGAUAGGGUGGAACUUGACUAAGGGGUGUUUGCAUGAGGAAGCUCUUUCUGCGCAAGCUGUAUACCGAAAUGACCACUUGCCACAUUAUGUUUACGUGCAUUCUCCUUGUCCCAUGUCAAAUGUGAUGACACCGUCUUGGGUUAACGAUAGUUAUACAGUGUCAUGCGUUUCAAAUUUCAAUCUAUCAGUUCUUUGUUUACCUUAUACUGUGAAGUUCCGAAAGUAACGACCCUCAUCCCUUUCGGAUUUGGCACCCUCGUGCUAUUACCACUUUUGGAAGCUCACUACUUUUGGGGGGUCGUUACUUUAGGAUGGCCAAAACCUGAACUCCACAUGGGCACUUGAAAAAAUAAAAUCACAAAAACUGUGAAAGGAGUGCUUUUUGAACAAAGGUAAUGUAUAUCCUGUACUUUAAGGGUUAUGAAUAAACUUCGGAUCAGUGUGGCAUUUAAUUUGUUCAGGAUGUCUAUCAUAUCCAAUUUUUUUUGCAAAAAGGGAAAUUAGGUUUGAUGUCUCUUCUUUCAGAGGGUCGUUAUUUUCGGGGGGUGGGGAUCACUACUUUUGGGAUUUUCUAACACCUGUGACAUUUUAUCGCUACUUUUGAGGGGUCAUUACUUUCGGAACUUUAUGGUAAUGCUGCAAAGUUCUGCACUACAAUGAUUUUUUUGGCUCCAGUACAAAAACUGAGAAGAACUCAAGCCAGAAUGGCUUUUUCCAGCGUUCCUUUUUAUGGUGGUGUCAGGGAACCAGAAUGAACUCACUGCAUUACAAAAUUUUCCCUGGUGUCAUUUAAGCACCCCCUUAGAUCAGAAAACCUUUUUGUGAUAAUAUCUCUUAACAGCCAGUCUUCCUUUUUUGCAGGUUUUGCUUGACAAGACUGAUGAAACAUCAAGUAAAAUUGAAUCUCUUAGAGACACGUGUUAAAUAUUAUGAAAAACUGUUGCUCAUCACAAAUUUAUUUAUUAGAAAAAAAGCUGUAUUAUUCAGAGAGGUGGAACCAUUUUCACUUUAAUGAAUAUCUUUUAGUCAAAAAUUUUGUCACCUCUUUUUUUUCUCAUGGGAUAUCCACAAUGGGUUCUCUCAAUGUGAAGAUCCAAGUUGUUCAUGAAGAUGUACAAAAUAUAGAUUAUGUAUAGCAAGGAUUGUGUUAUUAUAUACUAAACAAUAUAUUUUUUAAUUAUUUGAUGAGGUUUUUGUGAUAUCCAGAUAAUCAAGGUUGAGGUGAGUGUUAUCAGCCGAGCCGAAGGCCAUUUCUGAUAACACUUACGGAGACCUCGAUUAUUUAGGGUAUCACAAAAACUCAAUCUACUAUACAUCAUUUUGAAGAACA